AUGGCGAAUUUGUAUAAAAAAGAGCAAGGUGAGAAGGAUUGGCCUCUUGAGUGGGAGGACGAGAGUGCUUUGACUUUCUUCCUCGACAAGAUUGUUGCAGACUGGAUGUGGAAUCUUUCAGAUGGAGAAGCGGCUAACGUUAGGGGGCUAGCUAAGAUCAUGGGGAACUUGAUCACGGUUAGUACUGAUGAUAAGGAUGCUUUGAGAAGGUAUCGGGGUGAAGGAGUCGAGGAAGUGAACAAAGCAGAGGCUUAG